AUGUCACAAACAUCGCGGCAAACAUCGCCGCAAACAUCACUAGCAUUGCCGCACACAUCGCCGCAAACAUCACACACAGCGCCCCCCGCGCCGCAGCCCGUGCUCCAGCGGGCAUCCACGCCCGCGCUCCGGACCGAGCCCCCCUCCCAGCCCAGCUUCCUGCAGCAGCAGGUGUCCAUCCUGUCGCCGUCCAAGCGGCGCCAGCGCGAGUCGUUGCUCUCGCCAGACGCGCGGCGCGCGGAGCCGCGGCUCGUGAUCGGCAAGUUGGUGCUCACGGACUUCAAGUCGUACGCGGGCGUGCAGGAAAUCGGCCCCUUCCACGCGUCGUUCUCGGCCGUGGUGGGCCCCAACGGCAGCGGCAAGUCCAACGUGAUCGACGCCAUGUUGUUUGUGUUUGGCUUCCGCGCGCUGAAGAUGCGCCAGGGCCGGUUGCUGGAGCUCAUCCACAACUCCGCCGCGGGGCUGGCCAUCCAGCACUGCCAGGUGGACAUCCACUUCGUGCACGUGCUCGACGACCCGCACGUGCCCGGGCGCCUGGCGCCGGUGGGCCGCGAGCUCGUCAUCAGCCGCCGCGCGUUCCGCUCCAACGGCUCGCAGUACUACGUGGACGGGCGCGCCAGCACGUACACGGACGUCACGGCGUACCUCCGCGGCCAGGGCAUCGACCUCGACCACAAGCGCUUCUUGAUUUUGCAGGGCGAGGUCGAGCUGAUUGCGCAGAUGAAGCCCAAGGCCGAGCGCGACCACGACGACGGGCUCCUCGAGUACUUGGAGGACAUCGUGGGCACCAGCCGCUACAAGCCGUUGAUCGAGGCCAGCGCCGCGCGCAUCGACGCCUUGAACGAGACGUGCUUGGAGAAGGAGCACCGCUUCCAGUUGGUCGAGUCCGACACCGGCGCCAUGGAGGACCGCACGGCCGAGGCGCUCCGCUUCUUGGCCGCGGAGGCCGCGCUCGCCGCCAAGCGCGGCGUGCGCUUCCACGCCGCCAUCCUCGCCCACCGCCGCACGCUUGCCGCCAGCACCGCCUCGGCGCGGGAGCUCGCGGCGCAGUUGGACACGGAGCGGCUCAAGAACAGGGGCGUGCGCGACGCCCUCGACGCGGCGCAGCGCCUGAAGACCGCGCUCGCGGCGGGCCUCGCCGCGCUCCGCUCGGACGUGGCGCGGCGGCUCAAGCAGCUGAAGGCCGCCAGCAGCCGCGGCGUGUCGCUCGAGGAGAAGCGCCGCGCCGUCGCGGGCAAGGGCAAGAAGAUCCGCAAGACCCAGGCGGCCUCCGAGGCCGCGCUCGCGGCGUCGGCGCUGCGUGUUGCCACGGUGUCUGCCGAGAGCGCGCGGCUCACGGCGGAGGCGCGUGCGCUCGAGCUGUCUCUCCUGGCCGAGAAGGCCACCCUCCGCCUGCUCCGGCUGAGCCUCACCGACAAGACGUCCCACUUCUCCGCGGAGAUCCUGCGGCUCCAGACGGAGCUCGAGCCGUUCAACGACCGCUUGAAGGCGCAGGACCGAGCGCUGGAGCUCGUGCAGUCCGAAAUCAGCAUGUUGCAGGCCCAGGCGAGGGAGCUCGACGUGCGCUUGAAGGACGAGUCCCGCCGGUUGGUCGGCAUCAAGGCCGACGGCAAGGCCAAGGAGGCGCACUUGGACUCGCUCGCCCGGAAGCUCGCGCACAUCAACGAGCAGAUCGCUCUCGGGGAGGAGCAGAGCGGCGGCCUCAAGAAAGCCUUGGAGGGCAAGCGCGUGCGCUUGGCGUCCGCCCGGCUGAAGACCCUGGACGCGGGCGCUCGCUUGGCCAGCGUGCAGAACAAGAACGCCGUGCUCGUCAGCUUGACCAAGCUCUCCCGGUCGGGCAGAAUCAGCGGCUUCCACGGCCGCCUCGGCGAUCUAGGCAUCAUCGACGACAAGUACGACGUGGCGGUGUCCACCGCCUGCCCGGCUUUGGACUCGAUGGUCGUGGACACCGUCGAAACGGCCCAGGCAUGCAUCGACUACCUCCGCAAAAACAGGUUGGGCUACGCCAACUUCAUCUGUUUGAACAAGCUCCAGAACUUCAACAUGGCCCCGAUUCGGACCCCGGGCAGCGCCAUGUCCGUCAAGAGGAUCUUCGACUUGAUCACCCCGCAGGACCCGAAGUUCCUCCCGGCAUUCUACAGCAAGUUGCGCGAUACCCUCGUCGCCACCAAUCUCCAGGAGGCCAAGAGCGUUGCCUACGGCCCAACAAGAUACAAGGUGGUGACCGUAGACGGCAAGGUGGUCGACACCUCCGGCACCAUGUCUGGCGGUGGAAACAGCAGUGCGCGAGGCGGCAUGAAAUUGAGGUCCAAUGCCGCCACGCAGGAUACGGAGUUCUCCGAGGACGACGUCGCUGCCAUGCGGAGCGAGCUCCAGGCCAUGGAGAGCGAGGUCCAGGCGUUGGACGUGCAAUUGCACGAGAUGGAGGUGAACUUGAGAAAGUUGAGGGACUUAAAGCCCGAUACCGAGUUCGCGAUCCAGACGGCUCAAUUGGAUAUCACCUCGCUCGUGAACGAGGGCAAGGAAGUCUCCAAGACCAUCAAGCUGUUGCUUGCAGAGAAGGAGAGCACCUCAGCCUCUUCGGAAGUGGACACUGCGAUCGAGGCCAAACAAAUCGAGCUCGACAAAAUCAUCGAGUCAAAGGAGCACCUCAAGCAGCAAAUGUUGGAUUCAGAAAGCCGCAUAGCCCUCCUCGAGGAGAAGAUCAUGGAAGCGGGAGGAAUCGAAUUGAAGGCCCAAAAUUCGAAGAUCGACUCGAUCAAACAACAGAUCGAGAUCGUCCAGGAGAAGUCCUCGGCGGACCUCAUUGCAUUGAAGAAGCUCGAGAAUGAGAUCAAGCGCCAUACCAAAAUCGUGUCUGAAAGCGAGGCCGAGUUGGCUCGGGUAGAUGAAGAUUGUGCGACCAUUGAGCUGGAGCUAGCCGAGAACAAGCGGGAGCGCGAGGAGCUCGACGAGCAAGCCAAGAAAAUUCAAGAGCUGAUCAACGAAAAAGAGUCGCUGGUCGAAAAGCUCGAGCUCCAUCUCGAAGAGCUCACCGCCGAAAUGAACGAGUAUAAAUCCGAAGAGAUUGAGUUGAGAAAUCAGCUUGAAAAGGUUCAAACUGCGCAGCGCCGAUGCCAGAAACUAAUUGAAGAAGCAGAAGCUUCCCUUGCAGAUACCGUGGUGAGAGACACGAACCCUUACUUGGAGUGGAUGAAUGACGAAGAACGGGCCGAGUUUGACAAGUCUGACGUUCGCGAGCUUACAGAGGAGGAAAUUAUGACAGUCAAUUUGAACGAAGUGGAGGACGAAAUCAAGGAUCUCGAGACUUAUAUGAGUGAGGUAAAGGUGGAUGUUGAGAUUCUAAAGGAGUACGGCUUGAAGAGGAAGGAGCUCGACACACGCAGAGAGGAGCUCAACGAAUCCGUCGAGCAGAGAGAUGGAAUCAAGAACCACUGCGAAGAGCUCAAGAGAAAACGGCUAGACGAGUUCAUGGAAGGCUUUAACACGAUCUCCCUAUCGUUGAAAGAGAUGUACCAGAUGAUCACCAUGGGGGGCAAUGCCGAGCUCGAGUUAGUGGACAGCUUGGAUCCGUUUUCGGAGGGCAUCUUGUUCAGUGUCAUGCCACCCAAAAAAUCGUGGAAGAACAUCUCCAACUUGUCAGGAGGAGAGAAGACGUUGAGUUCGCUCGCAUUGGUGUUUGCGUUGCACAAGUACAAACCCACGCCGCUCUACGUGAUGGAUGAGAUCGACGCCGCAUUGGAUUUCAGGAACGUGUCGAUCGUCGCGAACUACAUCAAGGAGCGGACGAGAAACGCCCAGUUCAUUGUGAUCUCGUUGCGGAAUAACAUGUUCGAGCUAGCGCAGCAACUCGUGGGGAUCUACAAAGUGAGCAACAUGACUCGGAGUAUUUCGCUCAAGAACGAGGCUUUAUUUGCCGACGAGCAGCAGGACCACAGCAAGUGA